AGGGAGAUCUUGACUCUGUGGGACGGUGGCCAGAUCUCUCUUGACUGGAUCAUUGACCCUCGGGCAACUCAGCCGGUCAAGCCUGAUACACACAACUCUUGUCAGGUCAAGUCUGAAACACACGACUCUUGUCAAGUCAAGCCAGACUCAUGUGACUCUUGUCAAGUCAAGCCUGACACACGUGACUCUUGUCAAAUCAAGCCUGACACACACGACUCUUGUCAAGUCAAAUCAGACUCACUUGACGCCUGUGUUGAAAUAUCUCAAACUAGUGAUGGAGUUAUUGAAGCUUGUCCAAGUUCACUGCAAAAUGGUUCUGUAGCAAAGGGAAAUGGUUCUAUCUCAUACAGAAAUGGUUCUAUCUCACAAGAAAAUGGUGUUAUAGCUCAAGAAAAUGGUGUUAUAGCUCAAGAAAUUGGUGUUAUAGCUCAAGAAAAUGGUGUUCCAGCACAUGGAAAUGGAUCGCUCCAUGAUGACAAGGCACUGAAGAAAGUUAGUUUAAUACUGGAGGAAGGAAUUACAGCUCAAACGAAGGAUGUGCAAGGAUGUUCACUAUCACACAAAGACUCAGUUGUUUCAACAUCAAGAGAUGACCUGUUUUCAAAUAAAUAUUCAAUUUCUAUUGAAAAAUAUCUAGUAUGUAAUUCCAAUUCUUCAGCUUUGGAUGGAAGCUGUGGUAAAUCUACAGGAGAAAACAACGAUAUUUUAACCAAAGAGGAGAGCGUUGCCUCUGCCAU